CGGACUAAGUAUUUAGGGAAACAGAUGUUGCACUCAACCACAUCAUGCACUAGCCACAUGCAGACAUGAGCUGACAAAACCUUAUAACUGUUACCACACCCAUUAGGCUACUUCAUGUAGGUCAGAUAAACAAUAGAUACAAGGCUAUAAAGAUAGCAUUUGUCUGUCACGCAAUGCCCAUUAGUGCUGAAGAGUGGAGGGUACGAACUGGACUCAACAAUGUACGAGCCGGAAAAGUUGAAACUUGUCCUGGCAAACGAAUGUACAAGUGCGAUUGGCCCCAGAGCGAUCGGGUAUUUCUGACUACUAUAAUCAUCAUGGUGAUUUCAUUUUUGAUUAGUUUGUUGUUGAUGAAUGUAUGGUCUGAGCUUUCACUUCUAAACACGCUUUAUAUGACAAUCAUUUCUGUAUUGGUGGCAUUGGAUAUUUCAAUCACUGAUACUACACGUAAAUGUAGUGAUGUAAAGCAUGUUUGUGUCCCUGUAUUGAUUCAUGAUCACAACGAAACAAUAACAUGGCAUCUUGGUAUAGUUUCUAUAGCAAUAAUAGUUUUGCCCAUGCUUCUGCUUCUUGCUGGAGAUGUUGAAACUAACCCAGGACCUGAAACAGAGGAGUGUGUAUAUGCCCAUCAAACAAUGGUGUGCUGUUCUGAGAAGAUAGUACACGGCUUAUCACAAGACCCUCGAGCGAUGGCUACUGCUCUCCUGGCGAAAGGAUUCAUCUCUGACGAAACACUUGUAGAAAUAAACGAAGUAAAGAACACCAAUCAACUUAAAGGUAAAAGUCUCUACCAAAGUAUCCUGGGAGUUGUUAAGCAGUAUCCUUAUCGAUAUAAAGAAUUCAAGGACAUACUUCAACAGAAUGAAGUACUGUACAGUGAUUUAUUACAGACUAUGGAUGAGACAUACACAAAACUAUCCAACGGUGAAAACCUGUUUGAUCCAUCAAGCCCUAUUAGUGUUUAUGCUUGUCACUUGAAAGAACAUUACUUGAAGCAACCGAUUUUGCAAGACGAUCCGUGGCCACCCUCUAUGGGGCAGCAUUACAUCAAUCUGGCCUUGAUUGAGCGUUCGGAACGAGCUGGGGAUCCGUUUUUGAUUUCUGGAGAUCUUUUAAGAGGAAGGAUAGAUAAAAUACAAGGGAGAAAGGAACCAGUUGAAAUUAACAAAGCUCUUGAAAAAGGUUAUAAGUGUCAACAAGCAUUAAAGAUUCUAAUCGAUGGAGCUCCUGGAGUUGGCAAAACUACACUUUGUCGAAAGAUAUGCCAUGAUUGGGCAAAAGGAGAACUCCUGAAAGACUGCCCAUUACUUGUGUACGUUCCUCUUAGAGUGACAAAGUUAGCUAGAGCCUUGAAAAUUGAAGAACUUUUCUAUCAUGACGAUCCAGAUAUAGAAUCUUCAGUAGUUAAGCACGUUCAGAAAACAAGAGGGGCAGAUGUAAUUUUCUUAUUUGAUGGCUAUGAUGAGCUAAGCCGUCAUGAAAGAGAGAAAGAAUCGCUUUUUCUCGACAUAUAUAAAGGUAUAAUCCUCCAAGAAUGUUCAGCUAUUGUUUGCUCACGACCUUACGCUUCUGAAAAGCUGCAAAGAAUGAGCACUCUCACUAGGCACAUCGAAGUGCUUGGUUUCAACAAGCAACAAAUGGAAGAAUGUAUUAGAGCUGGUAUACAAGAUGAAGUUAAGGCAUUGCAUUUGAUUGGGGAAUUGAAAAACAGAGAAGAUCUUCUUUCAUUUUGUUACAUACCUCUCAAUUGUUCUAUUCUAAUUUACAUUUAUAAAGUUGAAAACUGUACAAUACCAGCUACGAUUACGGAACUGUUCACAUUGUUUCUAAAGAACACAUUCAAAAGACUAAAGGAUAUUCACUGCACACGAAAGUCCGAUAUAGAAAGAUACAAGAACGAAUUAUCGCAAAUUGCUUAUCAAAGCUUGCUGGAGGAUAAACUAGCAUUUCAGGAAGAGGAAGUACCUUCGGAGAAAGAAGCAAGGUUGGGACUUUUGACAGCUACAAAGAACUUCACCAAAAGUGGAUUAGAGAUCACUUUCCAGUUCAUUCACCUAACAAUUCAUGAGUAUCUAGCUGCAACAUGGGUUGCACAAAACUUUACAGAAAGAGAACAAGCAGAAUUUUUGAGAGAAAAUGUUUUGAAUGAUCGCUUCAGGAUGGUGUUGAUCUUCUUUGCUGGAAUCAUAAAAAUGGAAAGUCAAAAUAUAAUAGAAUUUCUUUCAACUCAAAACAUACGAAUGCACAACAUACAUGAAACAACAAAACAGCACAAAAAACGAUUUGAAUUGUGUAUUCAUCUUGUCCACGAAGCUCAAAGUCAGCUAGCUUGUUCUGCACUGGCUAAAUCUAUACAAGACCAAGUGCUGGAGUACAGAUGUCGUGGGAACUUCAAAAUAAACAUAGUUACCUAUUUCAUUUCACAAAGUGAUUGCUUGUGGGAACUUGUUUCUUUGAUAAUUACAGAAAGUCAACAGGAUCUUGUUCGUUUCGAUAUAUUUGUAAACAAUCUUGAGAGAUCAUUUGGUAAAACUUCAAUCAGAAGAUUCAUACUAUAUUACUUAAAUGAGCACAAUGGUUCUUAUCCUUAUCAUCUACCGGAGGUACUGUGGACCUUGUUUAAAACAUCCAUUUUCAAAGAUCUGAGAUACCUUUGUGGUUGUAAGGAAGGCAAUGUAUGGGAAGAGCCGGUAUUCUACAGGGGACCGUCAGAGAAUGAGAACAAGUUAAUACUCAAAAAUUUGGAUAAGCUCGAAUACAUAUACUUAGAAGGUGUUGGUUUGAACAGCGAAGUAACAGAGAAGUCGCUGAUACCCUUAAUAAAACAUUGUAAGAAAACACUCCGGAUGGUAUAUUUAAAUGGUAGCUCAAUAGAGGAUCAAAUGAAUGGGCCCCCAUUGACCAUCCAAUUAUUUAAGGAUUUCACAUUUGCUAUCAAAGAUUCACCAUCGAUAGAACUAUUACACCUAGAGAUCGGCCCAAUUCCGAUUGAACAAGCAUUAGAAUCAUUGGAAUGCAUCUGCCAUACUGCUGGAUAUUUGUGCAUGCUCAAACAACUAAGGUCAUUGAGUUUGUGUUUCGGAUCAUCACAUUAUUAUUUUGAAUUCAAACAAAUUUUAAAGAAAAGAGCCUGUUUUACCAAUUGUUUUCUUCUUCAAUUAGUAUCUUCAAAAACACUGAGAUACUUAAAACUAGAUUCAUACUUCCUGCUUAACUCUAACCAAGAUGGAUUGCUGUUAUUGUUAGCAAAUAACCAAUCCCUGAAGAUACUCAACAUGAACAUUGCAUCGUCUGAAUCACUAAAACAGUUGACUGAAGGCCUGAAGCAGAACGUAGGAUUAGAAAUACUCAAAAUAACCUUGUGUUUUGAAGACUCAGAAGUGCUAGUGUAUCAAUUGUUGCAUAGCCUUCACCGUCACCCUGAAUUAAAAACACUAAUUUUGAAUGGUUCCACGGUGACUGUUAUCAAGCCAGUUUCAAGACUCCUGUUAUACAACUCAACAAUAUCAAAAGUUGAUAUAGAAUUUACUCUCAGUGAGAUAAAAUCGAUGGUACCCUGUCUCGUCUUUAAUGGACGCCGAACUGAAUUUGAUUGCUUCUUAAACACUAAUAUGUGUGAAAAUGACCAUGCUAUAAACAAUUUUCAAAGAAAAGUGGACACUUUUAAAGAUAUUGUGUUUACUUCGAUGCUGAAAGUAAUGUCCUACAUAUUGAUACUCCGUCAAGAAACCCAGCAACAAGUUUUGGAUCGUAUUGUACUUUAUAAUUAUAUUUAAUGCUAAAACUGAUAUCAAAAUAAUGGAAAACUACCGGACAAUCAGUACUAAGUUAUCAUAAGCAAUUUACCUUGUUUUGACACUUCGAUCAAGUUCAUGUUAAUAUUGCACAUAAUGCCAAUGAAAUUCAGAUAAUAUCGAUUACUAGGCCUUUACCAAACUGUUUACUUUGCUUUUUUUGCUCAAAUUUCCAUUUUGCUUUCUAUUGUACCUAUUAUGUAGUUUCGUACACAUUUGCUUUUUAUGAUUGAAGAGCCGAUGUUA